UCGCCCAUGUUUUUGGCGGACCGCCGUGGUCAUUUGACAAAGCGGAUCGUUGUCGAUUAUCGGGCAGUCAGCAAGAACCUCCAGCCCGUCGCCUUCCGGAUGCCUGACGCCUUGCAGAUCUUCAGUAACCUGGAAGGGGGCGAGUUUUUCGGGUGCUGUGAUCUUGCAAUGGGUUACAACCAGGUGAAGCCUAGCACACGAAUGCAGCAGAUUUUGGCCGUUGUCGGACCUGACGGGUGCUACUACCCCACGCGGCUACCGUUGGGGCCAUCCCCUGCGCCAGCGUUUUUUCAGAAACAGACGGCUUCAGUCUUUGAGGACGUUUGCGACGGCGUUUUCAUUGACGAUUUGGUGCGCAAAGGCUCUAGCUUCGAGGGUUUCCUCGCUCGAACCCGUAAACCAUUCGAACGCUGCCGCGCAACAGGGUUUGCUCUAUCACUGAAGAAGUCGGUCUUCGGCAAGCGGGAGGUCGAAGUGCUUGGAUUUCAAGUCAGUAAGCACGGCCGCAAGCCUACUCCGCGGAAGGUGGAACAGCUACAGCAGUGGCCCGAACUGGAAAACAAAGACGACUUGGUUAGUUUUUUGGCAUUUGUGAACUACCUCCGCGAGUUCAUACCGGACUACCAGCGACAUCGCGGACCUCUCGCGCCAUAUACUAAGAAACACGGGAAGAGCUUCACCCAGUACCAGCACGACACCGAGGCGCAGCAUGCAGUCAAAGCUCUGAAGAAAAGCAUUGCAGUAGACGUCCCGCUUCGGUCGAUUGAUUUUAAAGCUGCUCGCGACUGGCGCAAUACUGGCCGGCCGGUGGUUAUUCUCUGCGACGCUAGUCGUUUUGGUAGGAGCUACACGAUCGCGCAGGCGGAGCGGUCAGGUGGUCCAUUACGCCCCUGCGUCGUGAAAGGUGUCUCCUUCAAUGAGACAGAGCAGGCCUGGUCAGUGUUGGAGCAAGAACUUUCCGCCGUGAAGCUCUUCGUGGAGGACGGCUUCCGGUAUGUUGAAGGCCUCGAGAGCAGAGCUUCCUCCUGUUCGACCAUGAAAACUUGGGCCGACUUGAUGACUUGGUAGGCAACCAGCGCGCUCAGGAUAAAGUGCUGCGAUGGCUCGAGGCAGUCAAGUACAAGCUGGACAGUAGUGCUAUCCGCCGCGUGUACAUCAGUGGCGUCAUCAAUGUCAUAGCUGACGCAGCCUCCCGCCACCCGUCUGUG